AUGGUACGUGUGGAUACACUCUCUGCUCCUUUCUAUGUACUUCAAGGAGUUCAUCAGGGCGGGGUCUAUUCUAUGUUAAUGUACCAAUUAUAUAAUGCUGACUUAAUCCUAGAAUUGCAAUCGUUAAAGUUGGGUGCAUUAGUUGGUGGGUUGGAUAUCACAUGUCCAGUUUAUGCCGAUGAUACAUCAAUAAUUACUACAAGCACGACAUCUAUGAAUGCACUGCUAAAUUUGGCAUACAAUCACAGCCUCAGUGGCGGUAUGAUAGCCGAUCCUGAUAAAUGUAAUGUGAUGACUUUUGGAAAUAAUGACCACGCUGUACAACCUAUGUUUAAAAUUGGCGACAAGCAGGUGACUAUUGUGCAAAAUCAAACCCAUGUAGGUAUACCCUUAUCAACUAGUGGAAGCGUUUCCGAAUAUGUUGAGAAGGCGGUUACGUCUGGUAAAAGGAAAUGUUUCUCUCUACUUGGUCUAGGGAGUACUUGUGGUGGACUCAAUCCUCUAACGGCAUCAUGCCUUUAUUGGACGCUGUCUAUUCCUACAAUGCUAUACGGUAGUUCAAUCAUUUCUUAUCCGAAUAAUGAUGUUGAAUUAAUCCAAACAGCCCAUAGGCAGAUUGGAAAACGCAUUCAAUGUCUUCCUACUAA